AUGCUCGGAUAUCUCACCAGCCGCUGGCAGUCGACCGGCGAACAGAAGAAGACCAGUCCGACCUGGUUCGACCGCCACUUCUCGCCUAUCCUUCUCUCUGUCGCGAAGAAGGCAUGCACCCACCCAAUCCACACCAUCGUGACCAUCGCGUUCCUGGCUAGCUACUCAUACUUGGGCGUUUUGGACAAGGGUCUGCUGGAGAGUGGCAUUGAGGAAGUGUCGAGCCGAGUCGACUUCCACACCCUUUUGGCUGGCAGCAAGAGACUUAGAGUAGGAGAAGAGACAUCAUGGCAGUGGGAGGCUGAAGAGCCCAAGACUGCUGUGUACAAGGAUAAGACCGCACAGGAACUCGCUCUCGUAACUCUCGUCUUUCCCGAAUCGAGCACCAUCAACUCUGCUCCCUCGCAACAAUCGGUUCCUAGCAAUGUCUCUGCCGAGCUCCUCCCCAGCUCCUCCAGCUCUUUCUCUACUUUCUCCCACGAUACCUCGCUCGCAUUCUCUAUCCCAUACACCGAGGCUGCCGAUUUCCUCCAGGCCAUGCAAGAGAUUUCUGCGCCAGAGGACGCUGCUCAAUCGCAGGGCUCUGAGAAGGAAGGCACACACGAAGAGAAGAAGUGGAUGAUGAAGGCUUCCAAGAUUGGCAGUGCACCAGGCGGCGUGCGUAACUGGAUCACCGAAUCAUGGACGUCUUUCGUCGAUCUCCUCAAGAACGCUGAUACUGGUGACAUCGUCAUCAUGGCUCUGGGCUAUCUCGCCAUGCACUUGACUUUUGUCUCUCUCUUCCUCGCCAUGAGGCGUCUUGGAUCCAACUUCUGGCUGGCUACCGCUGUCCUCCUGCAGUCCGCCUUCGCUUUCCUCUUCGGUCUUGCUGUGACAACCUACCUCGGCGUUCCUAUCAACGUCAUCUUGCUCUCUGAGGGACUUCCUUUCUUGGUCGUGAUUAUUGGAUUUGAGAAACCCAUCGUCCUCACCAAGGCUGUGCUCUCUGCCUCUCUGGAUGGCCGACGAGCGGCGGAGGAGAGGCGGGGCGAGCCUUUGACUAUCCAGUCAUCCGUACAGACUGCCAUCAAGAGGACUGGUUUCGAGAUUGUUCGCGAUUACUUCUUCGAAAUUCUGAUCCUUGUUGCCGGUGCCAUGUCUGGCAUCCAGGGCGGCCUACGACAGUUCUGCUUCCUCGGCGCCUGGAUCCUUUUCUUCGACGCCAUUAUGCUGUUGACUUUCUACACUGCGAUUCUCACCAUCAAGCUUGAGAUCAACCGAAUCAAGCGCCAUGUAGCACUGCGUAGGGCUCUUGAGGAUGACGGUGUCGAUGGCAAGGUCGCUGAGAAUGUCGCUCGCAACAACGACUGGCCCAACGCUCGUGACGUGCAAGUCGUCAAUCACACCACGACUGUGUUCGGGAAGAAGAUCACAGUGCCCAAGUUCAAGAUUCUCAUGGUCGCUGGAUUCAUUCUCGUCAAUGUCCUCAACGUAGUCACUCUCCGAUUCGGCCUCUCUCCUAGCAAGGUUUCUCACGUUUCUGGCGUAGGUGCCACUCCUCCACUGGACCCUUUCAAGGUUGCUGGAAAUGGAUUGGAUUACAUCUGCGAGCAGGCCAAGAGCACCGCUACGUCUACAAUCGUCACUAUCCUUAUGCCGAUAAAGUAUGAGCUUGAGUUCCCGUCCAUCCACUACGCCGAGCCUUCAAUCGCCGACAACGAGCUCGCAUUCGGAAACAACAUCAGCACUCACAUUGUUGAUGGUGUACUCAAGAGCUUAGAAGACCCCUUCCUUAGCAAAUGGAUCGUCCUUGCGCUUGUCAUGAGUGUGGUUCUGAACGGCUACCUCUUCAACGCAGCGCGCUGGACCAUCAAGGAACCCCAUCAGCCACUCGCACCACCCUUUCCUUCAGAAGUUCAGGAUGGAGCUCCCACUGUGCCUGGAACCCCUCGCGUGCCUUCAAUGCACAUGCCUACGCCGCCCCGCACUCCUGGUCCUGAAGAACAGAAUGGUCGCCUUCAGCCUCUCACACAAAUCGCGACACGAACACCCGAGAUACCAGCAGGUCCUUCUGAAGAGCAACAAAGACAGCCAAACCGCCCCUCUGAGGUUCUGGAGCUCAUGAUCAAGGAAAAACAAGCGCCCAAGAUGACUGACGAAGAGCUGAUCGAGAUGUCGCUCAAGGGAAAGAUCCCAGGUUAUGCCCUGGAAAAGACACUUGGUGACAAGACUCGCGCUGUCAAGAUUAGACGUGGUCUUGUCUCGCGUACGCACGCUACACGAGAAACCUCAACUCUGCUAGAACGCUCGCUUCUGCCAUACAAGGACUACAACUACGAUCUUGUUCACGGCGCAUGCUGUGAGAACGUAGUCGGCUACCUUCCUCUCCCUCUUGGUGUCGCCGGACCUAUCCUCGUUGACGGUCAAAACUACUUCCUUCCUAUGGCAACUACCGAAGGUGUGCUUGUAGCCUCAACCUCCCGAGGUGCUAAGGCUAUCAACGCAGGCGGCGGUGCCGUUACUGUUGUGACUGGUGACGGUAUGACCCGCGGACCCUGUAUCGGAUUCGACAGCCUUGUACGUGCUGGUGCGGCGAAGAACUGGCUCGACUCUGAAGAGGGCCAAAGGACGAUGAAGGACGCGUUCAACUCCACAUCCCGCUUCGCCAGGCUCCAAUCUAUGAAGUCUGCCAUCGCAGGCACCAACAUCUAUGUUCGUUUCAGGGCCACCACUGGCGAUGCCAUGGGUAUGAACAUGAUCUCCAAAGGUGUCGAGCACGCUCUCACCGUCAUGGCAACCGAUUGCGGUUUCGAAGACAUGCGCGUAGUGACCGUAUCGGGCAACUACUGCACAGACAAGAAGUCCGCCGCCAUCAACUGGAUCGACGGUCGUGGCAAGGGUGUCGUCGCCGAAGCCAUGAUCCCCGGUUCUGUCGUCAAGUCAGUCCUGAAGUGUGAGGUUGAAGACCUGGUGCAAAUGAACAUUUCUAAAAACUUCAUCGGAUCCGCAAUGGCUGGUGCUAUGGGUGGAUUCAACGCCCACGCGGCGAACAUUGUCGCUGCUAUCUUCUUGGCUACUGGGCAGGAUCCAGCGCAGGUCGUUGAGAGUGCUAACUGUAUCACGAUCAUGCACAACGUCAACGGCAACCUCCAAAUCUCCGUCUCUAUGCCCUCAAUCGAAGUCGGCACAAUCGGUGGCGGUACCAUUCUCGAACCUCAAUCCGCCAUGUUGGAUCUCCUCGGUGUACGAGGCGCUCACCCAACAUCACCCGGUGACAAUGCUAGGCAACUAGCCCGUGUCAUCGCCGCCGGUGUACUGGCUGGUGAGUUGUCACUGAACAGCGCGCUGUGUGCGGGUCAUCUAGUCAAGGCGCAUAUGGCACAUAACAGGAGCAACGUCCCGUCCCGUGCGCCUACACCUGCGCCUGCAACACCUGUUACAGGAGCUCAGACACCUAUUACCAGCGGUGGACCUUUGUCAGCACUGAGCUCUGGUCCUGCACCAAGACGGUAA